AGAUAAAUCAACUACUUGGGUAAUUAAAUUCUCCCCAUAAAUCCCAACUGAUCGAUAAUGUCCCGACGAGAGCGUCGUGACAGUGAGACGUCCACCGACUCGUGGUCUCUUGUGGAGGAAGACCGCCUGGACGAUGACUUCUCCCUAAACUCCACCGACAACGAGGCGGCGGAGCCUGAGCCAAUUGUUGAGGAGCCGCCAAGCUCUGACGAUGAUGAUACAGCUUCAGAAAAGUCUUUCUCAGACUCUGAUUCCGACUCCGACUCCGACUCCCUAUCCGAAUCGGAAUCCGAAAUCUCUGAGCCCGAGGAGGAAGAAGCCGAGGAGGGGGCUGCAGCUGAAAUUCUGGAAAAUUCUGAUAAUGAGGGUGAAGAUGAAGUGGAGGAAGAAGGAGCAAUCGAAAAUGACUCUGAAUCUGAAAAUUCUGAAGACUCUGAGGAUUCCGACCUCGAUGACGUGGCAUCGGAGUCUGAAGAUGAUGAGGAUCUCAUUUCCAGUGAGGAAAUUGAGGCGGCUAUCAAAUGCAAGGAGGACGAAGAGUGGAUGGAUGAGGAGCCACAGGACAACUCCCCAAUCCUGGGCUUUCCCCGAAUCCUAAUCUUCUCCACAAUGUUCCUUGUCAUGUUCCCAGUCGCGGAUCUUUUCACAUCUUGGAUGUUGGCACAAUCUCAUCCACGUCCAGUUCCAAGUGAUUACCUCUUCGAAGUUCCAGCUUUCCCGGAAGAUUUUGGCCUGCAGCGCCAGAACUCCGAGAAGAGGAGCGACGUGUGGAAGGAGUUUGUGAAGCCGGCAAUGAGAAAAGCCCCGUUGUCCGACAAGAAGAAGCAUUUGCACAUGCUGCGGGAUAUUUUACGCCGCCCAAAGGCCUCUAAACCGAUAAGAUCCUUUGAAAUUCUUGAUAUCUUUACCAACAACACUCACACUUGGAAAAUGCAAUCCGAAGUGGAAGUCCAAAUCCAGACGCCAAAAAUUUUGAAAUUUUCUGAAAAAAGCGUAGAUCUAGUGCUCAAUUGGGAUAACGAAACCACAAUUUUACCUGCAUUUUUCCCAAUCGAUAAUGAGCCAAAGUGUAGAGCUCUGGCUCCAAUCCCACCGGCUCCAUUCUCGCCACGCAGACGUCUGCAACGUCACGUGCCACGUCAUCAGCCAUGCCUUGUACACGUCAACGAGUCCAAGUGGACUUGUCAGAAGAACCUGCCAGCGGUUAUUUACAAGCCAACACUGGUGUCCUAUAGAAAACCACAAAGAGCACAAAUUUGUGGAAAGGUAUGUCGGGGAAAACCCCCCAAAAUUCGACAAAAAUUAAAAUUGUUUUAAAUUUUUCAAAGUUUAAUUAGAAAAUUCGAAUUCAACCAGUUGGAAGCUUUGAUUUAAGUACAAUCAUGACCUACUUUGCUCAAGUUUGAAAAUUUAGGGUACCUACAGUAACCUCGUGGCGAGACCCGAUUUUUUUUUCAAAAUUAACCAAACCUAGCAAUGAUUAUACUUAAAUUGAAGCUAACGGUAAAUUAUAGUCACAUUCAAUAAGUAAAACUGAAAAAAAAGAUUUUUGUCUAAAAUUUUAGAAGGAAUUUCAAAUUUUAUUUUUAGAUUUUCAAAAUUUUUUUUAAUCUUUCAAGACUUUAUUCUGAAUUUCUCCAUAAUUUCAGUUGAAGAUUUAAAUUUAGCUCACUGAGAGCUUCAAUUUAAGUACAAUCAUGACCCACUUUGCUCAAGUUUGAAAAUUUAGGGUACCUACAGUAACCUCGUGGCGAGACCCGAUUUUUUUUCAAAAUUAACCAAACCUAGCCAUGAUUAUACUUAAAUUGAAGCUAACGGUAAAUUAUAGUCACAUUCAAUAAGUAAAACUGAAAAAAAAGAUUUUUGUCUAAAAUUUUAGAAGGAAUUUCAAAUUUUAUUUUUAGAUUUUCAAAAUUUUUUUUAAUCUUUCAAGACUUUAUUCUGAAUUUCUCCAUAAUUUCAGUUGAAGAUUUAAAUUUAGCUCACUGAGAGCUUCAAUUUAAGUACAAUCAUGACCCACUUUGCUCAAGUUUGAAAAUUUAGGGUACCUACAGUAACCUCGUGGCGAGACCCGAUUUUUUUUCAAAAUUAACCAAACCUAGCCAUGAUUAUACUUAAAUUGAAGCUAACGGUAAAUUAUAGUCACAUUCAAUAAGUAAAACUGAAAAAAAAGAUUUUUGUCUAAAAUUUUAGAAGGAAUUUCAAAUUUUAUUUUUAGAUUUUCAAAUUUUUUUAAAAAUUUUUUAAGAGUUUAUUUUGAAUUUCUUCAUGAUUUUAAUUUAAUAUUUGAAUUUAGCUUACUGAGAGCUUUGAUUUAAGUACAAUCAUGACCCACUUUGCUUGAGAUUGAACAUUUAGGGUACCUACAGUAACCUCGUGGCGAGACCCGAUUUUUUUCAAAAUUAACCAAACCUAGUCAUGACAAUACUUAAAUUGAAGCUCUCGGUAAGUUAUAAUCAAAUUCAAUAAGUAAAACUGAAAAAAUAUAAUUUUUGUCUAAAAUUUUAGAAGGAAUUUCAAAUUUUAUUUUUAGAUUUACAAAAUUUAAAAAAUUUUUCAAGACUUUAUUCUGAAUUUCUCCAUAAUUUCAGUUGAAUAUUUAAAUUCAGCUCACUGAGUGCUUCAAUUUAAGUAUAAUCAUGACCUACUUUGCUCAAUUUUCGUGGCGAGACCCCACUUUUUUUAAAAAUUAUCCAAAUCCAGCCAUGAUUAUACCCAAAUUGAAGCUCAGCUCUUGAUGAGUUAAAUACUAAUUCAAAAACGAUACUCUAAGAAAAUUUUGGGUCUCGCCGCGAAAAUCUCAAAAUUAUCAAAUUUAGGUCAAUUUUUAAAAUUUUUUUUGCAAUUCGCAUGAAAACUUAACUUUAAAGCCCAUUUAUAAAUUUUUGCAAGAAAUUAUUUUUCAGAAAGCCAGUCAAUCUAUGAGAACCGUCUCAAAACCAACUGAUCAAUGCGAUUCUCGUCACUUCUCCAAGUUCACACCCCGCAGAAAACAUAUUGCCUAUAAAACUCCACUUCCAUGCAAAGUGCAAAGUUAUCAACCAUCGUCACCAAAACCAACUCGCAAGCCAUCGACAAGCACAAAAUUCGACGAUUGGCACCACAAGCGUGGGCUCCACAGAGCCCAUCUCCGCUCGAGAGCCUAAAAUUUUUUCGGAAUUUGUCCCCAACAUUUAAAAAAAAAUCGAUAAUUGUAUAAAUUUUCACCUCAAUUAGCGCAAAACGUCUAGCUUUUUUCCAAUUGUUGUACAAAAAAAAAUUGUAAAAAAACAUGUAUUUUUUUGUGAAAAAAUUUUUGUAAAUAUUAUACUCCCCCAGGAAUUCCCAAUUAUGCUUUCAACUUUUUUUUUCUUUUUUUUUAAAUUUUUUAAAAUUUUCUCUGCAAAAUAAAUAAUUUUCCCGACA